CCCUCCCCGCGUUGCCAAGCAACCGCCGCCAUUUCGCCCUGCCCCGCCGGGCUGCCCGCACCGCGCAUGCGCACCUCCUCGCCUCCCAUUGGCUGUCGCCGCGCAGUUUCAAACGGUCGGGCGGGAGCGAUGGCGGCGGAGGUUGCGGCCGCGCCCCCCCGCCGGGUGCAGGUCUGCGUCCGCCUGCGCCCCGGCCCCCCCGGCGAGGAGCCCUGCCUGCUCCCCCUCGACUCCCACACCCUGGAGCUGCGCGAGGAGCCCCCCAGCGCCCCCUCCCGCUACCGCUUCGACGCCAUCUACGGUGCCGCCAGCUCCACCGCCACCGUCUACGAGGGCUCCGUCCGCCCGCUGCUGUCCCACCUCCUGGCCGGCCGCGAUGUUACUGUCCUCGCCUAUGGGCCCAGCGGCUCCGGAAAGACGCACACCAUGCUGGGCAGUGAGGGGGAGCCCGGCUUGGUGCAGCGCGCCCUCGAGGACGUGCUGGAGGCCGUCGGGGACAGCCGCCGCGUCACCGUGGCCUGCAUGGAGGUGUACUGCGAGGAGAUCCGUGACCUCCUGUGCCCGGGGGGCCCCCCCCUGCGCAUCCUCCAGGCCCGGGGGGGCCCCCCUGAGGUGCGGGGCCUCACCCGUCUCCCCCUGGGCCCCCCCCCGGCCCCCGCCCUCCUCGCGGCCUCGCUGGGUGCCCGCCGCCGCGCCGCCCCCACCCUCCUCAACGCCUCCUCCAGCCGGGGUCACCUGGUGCUGUGGGUGCGCUGCGACCCCCCCGGGACCCCCCCGGCGCCCGGGGGUGCCCCCCCCCCCCCAACCUUGACCUUGGCCGACCUGGCGGGGCUGGAAGACCCCCGGCGCAGCGGGGCUGGGGGGGUUCGCCUGCGCGAGGGGGGGGCCACCAACGCCUCGCUGGGGGUGCUGCGGAGGGUGCUGGGGGCGCUGCGGCGGGGGGGGCGCCCCCCCCUCCGCGAGAGCCGCCUCACCCGCCUGCUGGGGGGGGCGCCGCGGCCCCCCGGCCCCCCCCUCCUGCUCCUCCUCCUCGCCCUCUGCCCCCGCCCCCCCGGGCGCCCCCAGGCCCGCCGAGCUCUCAGCUUUGCCCGGGGGGUGCGCCACGUGCCUCCCCCCCCCGUGGGGGAUGAGGGGGGGGAUGCCACCGUUGCCAGCAAUGCCCCAGAGCCCAGGUCCCCCCCCUCCACGCCCCCCCCGGAGGACCAGGCCCUGCAGCGCUGGCUGGAGGACGCUGAGAACACACUGCAGAGGCUGAAGAAGCGACGCCCACCCCCCUCCCCUCCUCCUCUGCCUCCUCCUCCUCCAGGCGCCCCCUCCCCGGCCUCCCUGGUGGUGCUGCGGCGGCGGCAGAAGGGCUGUCCCCAGUGGGAGGCGGUGGCCGCCCCCCGGCUGGAGGCGGGGGUCCGGGCCCAUGUCCUGCGGGCGCUCAACGGGAGGGACCCGGCGCAGCUGCGGGGGCUGGGGCCCCGCCGGGGGGGGCGCAUCCAUGCCUGGCGCCAGGAGCACGGCCCCUUCCGCACGGUGGAGGACCUGGCGGCGGUGCCCGGCUUCUCGGCGGCGCAGGUGGCCACGCUGCUGCAGGUGUCCCCAAGCUCAGGAGGUGGCCCUGAGCUGUCAAGGAGGUGGCCCCAAGCCAAGGAGGUGACCUCCAAGCCACCAAGGUGGCCCCAAGCCACCAAGGUGACCCCUGUGCCACCAAGGUGUCCUCAAGCAAAGGAGGUGACCCCAAGGUUCCAAAGUAACACAAAGGAUGUGACCCCAAGCCAAGGAGUUGACCCCAAGCCACCAAGGUGUCCCCAAGUCAAGGAGGUAACCCCCGAGCCACCAAGGUUACCCCCAAGCCACCAAGAUGACCCCAGCCAAGGAGAUGACCCCCAAGCCACCAAGGUUACCCCAAGCCACCCAGAUGAUGGUGAGCCACCAAGGUGUCCCCAAGCCAUCAAGUUGGGCCCAACCGCAAGAUACGGAGAUAGCCCCAAGCCACCGAGGUGACCACAUGAUGCUGAGAUGAACCCAGGCCCCCAAGGUGACCCCCAAACUACCAAGGUGACCACAAGAUGUCAAGGUGACCCCAAGUCACCAGGGUGACCUCAAGAUAUUAAGGUUACCCAAAGUCACCUAGAUGACUCUGAGCCACCAAGGUGACCACAAGAGGUGAAGCUGACCAUGAGCCACCAAGGUGACCCUCAAACUACUG